GUGGGUUUUGUCUUAGUUUAACAAACUUUUAUUUUCCACUUUAUUUCAGUAUUUAGAAGAUUGACAGGGAGGGUAUGUAGUUAUAGAAUGCUGAAAUGUGAAAACAUUUCUAUUUUGACGAUGGACCCAAUUUCUUUCCCAAAGAUACCUGAUUCCCCAGAAGAAAAUGGUUGCAAUGAUUGGACUUAUGCAAUGAGAAGAGAUAUGCAAGAAAUGGUUCCUGGCUUAUACUUGGGUCCAUAUGCUGCAGCAAUGAAAUCAAAGCUAGCAGUGCUACAGGGUUACGGCAUCACACACAUUGUUUGUAUCCGACACACUCUCGAGUCACACUUUAUCAAGCCAAACUUUCAGGAUUAUUUCAGGUAUUUGGUAUUGGAUGUUGCUGAUACAGUUACAGAGAAUAUUAUACGCAUACUUCCAAAAGUUAGAGACUUCAUUGAGGAAUGUUUCGCUAAAAAAGGCAAGGUGCUUAUACAUGGGAAUGCUGGGAUAUCGAGAAGUGCAACUCUGGUUAUAGCAUAUAUAAUGGAACAAUAUGGACUUUCUUAUAUGGAUGCCUUUUCCUAUGUCCAGCAGAGGAGGUUUUGUAUUAACCCGAAUCAGGGAUUUGCUCAACAGUUAAGGGAAUAUGAACCCAUCUACAAAGCCAACCUAUCUUUAAGAAAUGGUCACUCUUCUCAGGGCAAUGGUCUUUUGAAGCGGAAAUAUGAGCAAGAUGAUGAAAGUAUGGACACUGAUUCUUCAAGUCACAUGAAACUGACAUGA